CGGGGAACGCGCAGCGGCGGAGGCCCCGCGGGGCGCACGGCAGACUCUCCAAGGAUGAAUGGUUCCAAUGUGGCCAACACAACCCCCCCGGCGGUCCCCCCGGCGAAAUCCAAGGAGGAGCAAGUCGUGAACGGCCACGAUGAGAAGGAGAGCAACCCCUUCGCGGAGUACAUGUGGAUGGAGAACGAGGAGGACUUCAACCGGCAGGUGGAGGAGGAGCUUCAGGAGCAGGAGUUCCUGGACCGUUGCUUCCAGGAGAUGCUGGACGAAGAAGACCAGGAGUGGUUCAUUCCAUCCCGCGACUUGCCUCAGGGCCUGGGGCAGCUCCAGCAGCAGCUGAACGGGCUCUCGGUCAGCGAGAACCCCCACGGCCACAUGGCGGAGGACAUUCUG